AUGCCUUUGAUUGCUAUUAUUGAUAACGGUGCGACACAUUCUUUUAUUUCUUUUGAUUGGGGUAAGAGAUUGAAUCUUGAAUUAUCUGUUAUACGUGGAAGCAUGGUUAUUGAUACUUUGGCUAUGGGUUUAGUGACUACUUCAUCUGUUUGUUUGAAAUGUACGUUGAAUAUUUGUGAUAAAGAUUUUGAAGUUGAUUUAGUGUGUCUUCCAUUGAGUCAACUUGGUGUUAUUUGGGGAAUGGACUGGUUGAGGGCCAACCAUGUCUAUAUCAAUUAUUUUACGAAACCUGUUCUUUUUCUUGAGCCAGAGAAGGAGAGUGAUUUAUUCCUGUCUACUCAACAAGUGAAUGAAUUUGUGCAAGAUGGUGCUGAAGUGUUUAUGUUGGUGGCAAGUUUGAAGCUUAGUGAAAAUGGAACAAUGGGUGAAUUUCCAGUUAUUCGUGAUUUUCCUGAAGUGUUUCCUGAUGAGGUUAAUGAUUUUCCACCUGAACGUGAAGUUGCGUUCAUGAUUGAUUUGAUUCCUGGUACUAGUCUGGUAUCGAUGGCUCCGUAUCGGAUGUCACCAUCUGAGUUGAAAGAGUUGAAGAGUCAACUAGAGGAUUUUUUUGAUAAGAGGUUUAUUUGUCCGAGUGUGUCACCGCGGGGUGCACCUGUUUUGUUAGUUAAGAAGAAAGAAGGUACUAUGAGGUUAUGUGUGGAUUACAUACAACUGAAUAAGUUUACUAUCAAGAAUAAAUAUCUGCUUCCGAGGAUUGAUGAUUGGAUGGAUCAGUUGAUAAAAGAUAGAGAGGUGAAACAAUUCCAUGGUAAAGAGAUCGCUUUGGUAAAAGUCGUUUGGGGAGGACCGGCUGGUGGAAAUGUGACGUGGGAGCUUGAGAGUCAGAUGAGGGAUUCAUAA